GUUCGGCCAGUUUGACAGAUAUCCUCAAACUUGACAAUUCACAUUUUUUUAUGUAUCAAACGGUGCUAAAUCACUUAGACUUCUUUAUCUAAGAUCUCCUUUAUGCACAACAGUAGCCAGAGAUGCGACUGAAAUGGAUACAAUUCCCGAAGACGUCAUCAUAGGCAGUGUGGGUCGAACUCCGGUGACCCGAUAAAUUCUUGACUUAUUAAGGGUGAGUCAGUAAUCACGUGCUUAAAACACAGGUGAACGAUCGACUAGGUCAACAUUUGCCUUGCGUAAGCUAAGAUUGCAACCUUAAGGUAGUCACGAGGGGCUUAGCUGCCCCAUUGUUACGUCAUCUCAGGUGUAGCACACCUUGAAACAAUGGUGCACAGUCGGUGAACAGGGUUGCAGGUUCCGUGUCACGUACCAAUAGUUGGAUUCCAAACAUUGCUACUUUCUAUGUCAACUCUCGUCACCUAGGACAAAGCACAAAAAAUAAAAAUGCAAGCUUGGACACAGUUCAAGCUUCUUCUGUGGAAAAACUACCUUCUACAGAAGAGGAAGAAAAUUGUCACCGCUUUCGAGAUCGGACUGCCGGCAUUGUUCGCCUUGAUCCUGGUGUUUGUACGUCGUGAUGUCCAGUCAACCACGUACACGACUCCAAUCUAUUAUCCAGAAUUUCCCAUCAAUAAGCUACCAGAUGAACUCAGCCUCUUUAACCAAUGGGAGGUGGCUUAUUCACCUAACAACACUGCAGUCAAGACAGUCAUGGACAUCGUGGCAACCAAACUAGGAGUGCAAGUUCGAGGAUUCAAGAACGAGACAUUUUUACAGACGUAUGUCCACAAUGCGAUGGAGAAAGAGAAAGAACUGCAGACAAAAGUGCUGGGAGGGGUCGCGUUUAUCAAUGACUUUCCCAAUGAAACAGCCAUACCAGACGAUAUCAUUUACAAGAUUCGUCUGAAGUACAGUCCCCGAGCUGCCAAUGAAGGACCUAUGGUCAACAUGUUCAACCAAGACAAGGACUGGAAAACUCAGUACAUGUUCAAAUUCCUUUCAACUGUCGGACCAAGGAACAAGGGUGACAAUGAAGGAGGGUCCCCAGGCUACUACAGAGAGGGUUUCCUGGCUAUCCAACAUGCUGUGGACAUUUCCUUGGCGGAGGCUCGUGGCGUGGACACCAGCGGCAUCAAUGUCCAAAUGCAGCGAUUCCCGUACCCUAACUACGUGGACGACAGGUUUGUGCUGGUGAUCCAGCAGCAGCUGGGGCAGGUCUUGAUGCUGAGCUUCGUCUACACCGUCUUAAACAUCGUCAAGAUACUCGUACAUGAGAAGGAGAAGAAACUGAAGGAGUCCAUGAAGAUGAUGGGUCUGAACGGUUAUCUGCACUGGAUCUCCUGGUUUGUGAAAGAGUUCCUGUUUCUGAUGAUCACCAUGGCACUCUUCACCAUGCUCAUCUGUGUCAAGUUCUGGCCACAGGGAAGGGUUGUCCAACAGACUGAUCCUAGCAUCAUACUGAUCUACCUGAUGUUGUUUGCCAUCUCCACCAUCUGCUUCUGCUUUGCCAUAUCUGUCUUCUUUUCAAAAGCAAACACUGGGUCGAUCGUAGCGGGCGUCCUGUACUUCAUGACGUACGUCCCGUUCUACUUCAUCACAAACCUGUACGACCAGAUGACCUGGCACCAGAAGAUGGCGUCCUGCCUCCUCAGCAACACCGCCAUGGCCAUGGGGGGGCAGGUCAUUGGCAUGUUUGAGGGGACAGGCGCAGGAGUGCAGUGGUCGACCAUCAACACAGGUGUGUCUGUGGACGAUAACUUCACCAUGCUGCAUGUGUUCAUGAUGCUGAUACUGGACAGUGUGCUGUACUGUAUGGUUGCCUGGUACAUAGAGGCUGUCUUUCCUGGUGACUAUGGAGUACCGCAACCUUGGUACUUCCCUGUACUGCGCUCGUACUGGUGCGGCUCCAGCAAGUCUGACUUUGUUGAUGAGGAUGACAAUGAGACCACGCCUCUACUGUCAGGAGAAAAACACAGUGAUAAUCAGGGGGAGUACUUCGAGAAAAACCCAGCUAAUCUCAAAGCUGGUGUCAGGAUCAGGAACCUGAAGAAGACCUUUGGAAGCGGUAAGAAGAAGAAGACAGCUGUUGGAGGGAUCACCAUGGACAUGUACGAGGGGCAGAUCACAGCCCUUCUGGGGCAUAACGGAGCAGGGAAGACUACCACCAUGUCCAUGCUUACAGGUCUGUUCCCUCCCAGUGGAGGCACGGCGCUGGUUAAUGGUUAUGACAUCAGGUACAACAUGCCAUCUAUCCGGCAGAGUCUGGGCCUGUGUCCUCAGCACGACAUCCUGUAUGAUGACCUGACUGUGGAGGAACAUCUCUACUUCUUUGCCAAGCUGAAGGGACAUCCUCAUGACAAAGUCCAAGCUGAGAUAAACCAGAUGAUCGCCGCCAUGAAGCUGGAGGAUAAGCGACAUGUGCGGACCAGCGCCCUGUCUGGGGGCAUGAAGAGAAAACUGUCCGUUGGUAUCGCACUGUGUGCAAACUCCAAGAUCAUGGCCCAGGGUACACUCAGGUGCUGCGGCUCAAGUCUGUUCCUCAAGAACAAGUAUGGUGUUGGCUAUCACAUGGUUAUUGUCAAGCAGCCGAGCUGCCACGUGUCAGCUGUGUCAAAGGUCGUCAAAGCCCACAUUCCUCAUGCCAAGAUGGAGAGCAACGUUGGCGCGGAGCUGAGCUACAUCCUCCCCACGGAGAGCUCGGCAAAGUUUGAGGCACUUUUUACUGAGAUCGAGGAGAGGAAAGAGGAACUUGGCAUCGACGGUUAUGGAGCAUCUAUUACAACUAUGGAGGAGGUUUUCCUUAAGGUUGGAGGAGACUCAGACCCUGACAUUGACAAGCACCUUCACAGAGCCGCAGAGAGCUACCAGAGCAUGUCCCGUUCCCCCUCCCCUACUGCCGUCCCUGUGGCGGUGCCAAAUGGCACAGCAGUCCCUGCUACUGCAAAUGGUUCUGCCAUGAUCAAUGGUUCCUUACCUGUCCCUGAUGGCGGAGAUGACAUCGAAGCCCAGUUGUUGCCUCUUGGUGAGUUUGACUCAUCCGUAGCUACUGGUAAUCUGAAGAGGAACACGGGCACACAGCUGUACAUGCAGCAGUUCUACGCCAUGUUCCUGAAGCACAUGCUGCACUCCUGGAGGAACAUCUGGGUCUUCCUCAUCCAGUUUGGCAUCCCCCUUCUCUACACAGCCUUCUCACUCAUUGUAGCCAAGACAUAUCCUGGGCCACAGGAUUCCCCAGCUCUGAAUCUGACAACGACACCGUAUGGUCCAAACGAGUCCCCCUUCACCGCUGGUAUCAAUCCGAACAAUGUAACGAGGGAUCUUGCUCAACUCUACGCUUCACAGUUUGCUGACACCCCCACCACUCCCUCCAACAUCAGCAACUCUUCAGUCUGGGACAAACCACCCAACAUGACUGAAUACCUGGUGGACUUGAGGACAAGGAGAAAUGACUAUGUGUACCACAGGGUACUUGUAGCAAGCUCAUUUCAAACUGACAAUGCAACUGGUAGAAUAAAUGCGACCGCGCUUUUCAACAACAUGCCAUACCAUACACCAGGACAGACUCUGGUAACUCUGGACAAUGCCAUUCUGAAGUAUUUGUUGGGAGAGAGCUUCUCAGUGAAGACUAUCAACCACCCAAUGCCGAGAACGGUAGAGGACACAGCCACAGACCAACUGUCUACGGGGAUCACAGCAUUUGCCAUCGCCUUCAACAUGGUGUUUGGUAUGUCCUCCCUGGCUGCCAGCUUUGUCCUGUUCAUCGUGCGCGAGCGUGCAACCAAGGCCAAGCACAUCCAGUUUGUGAGCGGAGUUCACAGCCUGACGUUCUGGUUCUCCACCUUUGCUUGGGACAUCCUGAACUACCUGGUGCCCUGUCUGCUGAUCCUAGUGCUGUUGUGGGGAUUCGAUGUGAAGGCUUAUGUGGAAGAUGGGAGAGUAGCGAUGAUUUUGCUGUUGUUCUUCUUGUACGGCUGGGCUAUGAUCCCCAUGAUGUACCUGGCAUCGUUCCUCUUCACUGUCCCCUCCACUGGCUUCGUACGUCUCACCAUGUUCAACAUCAUCGCUGGAGUGGCCACCAUGCUGGCUGUGGGAAUCCUUGCAAUUCCUGGCCUGGACCUGGAAGACGUCUCUAAAGGACUGUCUUGGGGGUUCUCUGUCCUACCCAACUACUGCCUGGGCCAGGCCUUUGCAGACUUUGGCAGUAACUACCAGGUUGUGUCUUUGUGCACUCAAGAUCCCAUCACUGAGGCUAUCUGCAAAGAUUUUAAUGUAACUUGGACCACCAAUUACUUACAGUGGGAGAGGAACGGUAUCGGUCGCUUCCUGGUGUUCUUGGCAUGGGAGGGGGUCUUCUUCUUUGGUCUUCUGUUCUUGGUGGAGUCCAACCUACUCAGGCAAUUCUGGUAUUUCAUCAGGCCCAAGAAAGCACCAACUGCCAUCAGUUCAGAUGGACAGUACAGUAUCCAGGAUGAUGAGGAUGUUGCUAGGGAACGGACCCGCAUCAACAACACACCCCUCAGGCAGCUCUUCUCAACAGAUGCCCUCAUUCUAAAGGAACUCAGGAAGAUUUACAAUGAGUACAGCUCGGAGCCACUUGUUGCAGUAGAAGGGUCGUCCCUGGGGAUCCCACUUGGAGAGACCUUUGGGCUUCUGGGAAUCAAUGGGGCAGGGAAGACCACCACCUUCAAGAUGCUGACGGUCCAGCAGCUGAUAGGCUACUGCCCACAGUUUGAUGCCCUGAUUGACCAGAUGACCGGCAGGGAGACCCUGUACAUGUUUGCCCGGCUCAGGGGUGUGCCUGAGAAGAACAUCAAACCUGUGGUGGACGACCUGCUGCAGGCUCUGAUGAUAGAGGAACAUGCCGACAAGCUUACCAAGGCUUACAGUGGUGGCAAUAAGAGGAAGUUGAGCACAGCCAUUGCGCUGGUGGGAGACCCUCCCAUUGUGUUUCUGGACGAGCCCACCACGGGGAUGGACCCUGUAGCCAGGAGGAUGCUGUGGGACUCUCUGUGCCAGGUGCGACAGGCGGGCAGGUGUAUCGUCAUCACCUCUCACAGUAUGGAGGAGUGUGAAGCCCUCUGCACCUGUCUUGCCAUCAUGGUUAAUGGACAGUUUAAGUGCCUGGGCAGCACCCAGCACCUGAAGUCCAGGUUUGGGGAGGGCUACAUGCUUAUCGCCAAGGUGGCCUGUAACACACCACAGGAGGAGAGACAGAACAUCUUGCCACUUAAAGACUUCAUAGAGGAGAACUUCCCAGGGAGUAUCCUGAAGGACGAACACUACGGUAUGGUUCACUACCACGUCAAGGACCGCUCCCUGACUUGGGCCCGGGUGUUCGGCACCAUGGAAAGGGCCAAGACCAGGUUUAACAUCGAGGACUACCUUGUAAGCCAGACCUCACUGGAACAAGUGUUCCUCAACUUUGCUAAGUGGCAGAGACAAACAGAUGAGUAGCUGACAAAAAAUAUUCAAAACAGAUAAAAGCAAUGAUAGUAAAAUGAGCCACUAAUGCCUCGAGUUUAUUACUGUUGUUACAUUUCAAAUGGAAAUUUGUGACUUUAAACUACUCAUCUCAGGCAGUGAUCAAUUUCAAU